UCGGUGCACAUGCAGGGCCACUGCCAGAACCAGUAGGGGCUCUGUGGCUGAGCUGAGCGGUUUCCAAAACUGAGCUGGGCGUGGCAGUUCACACCCGUAAUCCCAGCAUUUUGGGAGGCUGAGGCAGGGAGAUUUCUUGAGGUCAGGAGUUCGAGAGCAGCCUGGACAACAUAGCAAGACCCUAUCUCUACAAAAAAUUAAUAAAAAAUUAAAAUUCCAAGAUGCAAGAGAUUGGUGUGAGUUGCUGUGAAGGAGGGGAUGUGUGUGGGGUUAGGCUCCUUUCCCAGUGACCACCGGUCUGUAUAACUCUGUUGUGUCAAUGAGAAGAAAGUGCCCCCUCCUCCAGGCUGGCACAGCCCCAUGCCAGAGUGCAUGGCUCAGAGAGUGGAAUGUUGACACCUAGAGCAGUGAACAACCUGUGCAGCUGCCCAUGGAGUUCCCAGUGGUUCCUAGAGUCAGUGGCUCCAAGGAACCCAAUUUGGGAGCCCUGGAUAUAGUCUUACCCUCUCCCCUUGUUUUAUGGAGUUGGAGCUGGGGCCCUUAGACGGGACUGGCCUGACCAGUCAUGCUGUGAGUCUGUCUGCAGUAGAGCCUAGAUUUCCCCAGGUCUCUAACUCUCCCUGGCUUCCUCAGACAUGUGGAUCGUGCUGUGGUGCUGGGAUGUGGUCGCUCAUGGGCCCCUUGUGGGCAGUGGCUCAGUUCACAUCCUGGGCAGAUGUCGGGGUCUCAACCUCAGGCCCCGAACCACAAAGAGAGUGGGAGGCUUUGACUGUGGUCAGGAACUUUGCAGCCAGGGCCCUGGGCCCUGCUGUCCCACCCCUUGUCAUACAAACCUUGCUUCCCUCUGUCCCCUUCCCCUGAGCCCCAUGCAUGGAGGAGGUGGGUCUAGAAUGGGGACAUUGGGCUAUGCCUUAUGGCUGUGGACUGGGCUGGAGGGAGGGAGCUGUAGGUGGGCUGCCUGAGCUCUGGUAUUACUACCCCAGCUCUCUUCCUGGGGUGGGGGCUCCCACAGGCUUCCUUCCUGCUGCUGGCAGGCGGAGGCUGAGCUAGGGAUCUGGCCUGGUGGGAGGGCAUUCACAUGUGCAGAACCACAUAAUCAGAACUGCAAGCAGUCACACAGCCACAUGCUGUUGCUUUGUGGAAAGUCACAUGGUCCAUAGCAAGACUCUCCAGCUGCCACCCUCCCCCCGGUCUCAGUAAAGGACUGAGGAGGAAAGGGCAGAGACCACUGCCCUCAGAGAGUGCCAGUGUGAUGGAAAGGACAGGGCUCCUGCCGUCCAGGAACCCCUAAUCUGGUGGAGGAGACAGGGCACCUAGAGUUAGGCAACUUCCAGUCUAACAGGACAGAAGAGUCUAAAAUGCUGUCUCUAAUGGGAUGCAGCUCAAAUCCUCAAAGCCACCAGCACUGGAUUCAUCAGAGUGGGAUAUGAUCAGUCAGAGUGGGCUGCCUGGAGGCAGUGGGCUGAGUGCACACAGUUUUGGGAGGGAAGGUCGAAGAGGAGUGGGGCUGGUGGAGGGAACCAGGAAAUGGCACCAAGCAGCCCCUGCCAGGGUUUGGACUGGGACAGGGUUCCGUGUCUGGGGCACUGGGAGUCUGGUGAGAUGGAGCAUGCCGCCCAGAUGGAGCAGAAGCAAAACGACACAGAGAACAAGAAGGUGCACGGGGAUGUGGUGAAGUAUGGCAGCGUGAUCCAGCUCCUGCACAUGAAGAGCAACAAGUACCUGACGGUGAACAAGCGGCUUCCGGCCUUGCUGGAGAAGAACGCCAUGCGGGUGACCCUGGAUGCCAUGGGCAACGAGGGCUCCUGGCUCUUCAUCCAGCCCUUCUGGAAGCUGCGGAGCAACGGGGACAAUGUGGUUGUGGGGGACAAGGUGAUCCUGAAUCCUGUCAACGCUGGGCAGCCUCUGCAUGCCAGCAAUUACGAGCUCAGCGACAACGCCGGCUGCAAGGAGGUCAACUCUGUGAACUGCAACACCAGCUGGAAGAUCAACCUCUUUAUGCAGUUCCGGGACCACCUGGAGGAGGUGUUGAAGGGGGGAGACGUGGUGCGGUUGUUCCAUGCGGAGCAGGAGAAGUUACUGACGUGUGACGAGUACAAGGGCAAGCUGCAGGUGUUCCUGCGCACUACGCUGCGCCAGUCUGCCACCUCGGCCACCAGCUCCAAUGCUCUCUGGGAGGUGGAGGUGGUCCACCACGACCCCUGCCGUGGAGGAGCUGGGCACUGGAAUGGCCUGUACCGCUUCAAGCACCUAGCCACGGGCAACUACCUGGCUGCCGAGGAGAACCCCAGCUACAAAGGUGAUGCCUCGGAUCCCAAGGCAGCAGGAAUGGGGGCCCAGGGUCGUGCAGGCCGCAGGAAUGCUGGGGAGAAGAUCAAGUACCGCCUGGUGGCCGUGCCUCAUGGCAACGACAUCGCCUCUCUCUUUGAGCUGGACCCCACCACAUUGCAGAAAACCGACUCUUUGGUGCCCCGGAACUCCUCAGUCUGGCUGCGGCACCUCUGCACCAACACAUGGAUCCAGAGCACCAACGUGCCCAUUGACGUUGAGGAGGAGCGGCCCAUCCGGCUCAUGCUGGGCACCUGCCCCACCAAGGAGGACAAGGAGGCCUUUGCCAUUGUGUCGGUGCCCGUGUCCGAGAUCCGAGACCUGGACUUUGCUAAUGACGCCAGCUCCAUGCUGGCUAGUGCCGUGGAGAAACUCAGUGAGGGCUUCAUCAGCCAGAAUGACCGCAGGUUUGUCAUCCAGCUGCUUGAAGACCUGGUGUUCUUUGUCAGCGAUGUCCCCAACAAUGGGCAGAAUGUCCUGGACAUCAUGGUCACCAAGCCCAACAGGGAACGGCAGAAGCUGAUGAGGGAGCAGAACAUCCUCAAACAGAUCUUCGGCAUUCUGAAGGCCCCGUUCCGCGAGAAGGGGGGUGAAGGUCCCCUGGUUCGGCUGGAGGAGCUGUCUGACCAGAAGAGCGCCCCCUACCAGCACAUGUUCCGCCUGUGCUACCGCGUGCUGCGGCAUUCCCAGGAGGACUACCGCAAGAACCAGGAGCACAUCGCCAAGCAGUUUGGGAUGAUGCAGUCCCAGAUUGGCUACGACAUCCUGGCGGAGGACACCAUCACUGCCCUGCUGCACAACAUCCCCAAGCUCCUGGAGAAGCACAUCACCAAGACUGAGGUGGAGACCUUUGUCAGCCUUGUGCGCAAGAACCGGGAGCCCAGUUCCAGAAGCCAGAAGUCCAAGAUCAAGAUGUCAGCAUGGUUGGGUUCUGGUGAGGACCCUCUUCUGGGCUGCACACUGCCCAGAAGUCAUAUCUUCACAUGGGAGAGGGCAGAGAGAGGAAUCAAGCUCCCUCGUGACUCUUGUAAGGUUACCAAUUCCAUUCAUGAGGACUCUACCCUGAUGACCUCACCUAAUCCUAAUCACCUCUCUAAAGACCCACAUCCUAAAACUAUCGCAUUGGGAGUGAGGGUUUCAACAUAUGAAUUUGGCAACGGAAAAGAACGCAAAUUCAGUCCAUCACAGAUAUUAGGUUAAGUAAGAAACAUUAUUGGGCUGGGCGCGGUGGCUCACGCCUGUAAUCCCAGCACUUUGGGAGGCCGAGGCGGGUAGAUCACUAGGUCAAGAAAUCGAGACCAUCCUAAUCAACAUGGUGAAACCCCGUCUCUACUAAAAGUGCAAAAAAUUACCUGGGCA